AUGGCGGCCCCGGCCGCCGCAGCCAACACCAAGCGCAUGGACACAUGGGGCGGGUCGCUGUCGCUCGGCCCGGCCAAGGCCAACAUCAAGCACUCCGUGACGACGAUAAUCCCGGGCCCGGCGCCGAACCCGCAGACGGGCGAGCUGUUCCUGUGGCCGGGCAUGAGCAACGGCACCGGCGACCUCGUCCAGACCACCAUCGAGUCGUGGUCCGAUGGCAACUGGUGCGGCGGCACCGACGACGAGUGGUGCGUCCGCGCUAGCUUGUUCGGUGGCUUUGGCCAGAAAGACGGCCCUGCUGCGUCCGUGUCCAAGGACAUGAAGGUCAAGAUCGAGUAUACGCUGGAGAGCGACGGCGAGACUUGGACCCAGAUGGUCACGGACGCCGACACGGGCAAGCAGCUCUCGACCUUCUCCUACGCCUCCGGCCCGUACAUGACUGGCUGGGGCACCGGCACCGAGUGCGACGACGGCUGCAGCGGCACCAUCGCCGAGCAGAAAUACAUCAACACGAAGAUCACGCUCGACGCCCCGGACAAGACCUUCAUCGACACGCUGUCCACGGCCGGCGGCGCCACGUACGAGGGCCUGAAGAUGAGCGACGAUGGCACCGUGCUGACCAUCGAUACCAUUACCAUUCCUGCUAUGGAGUAG